AUGAUUGAAGAAGAGGAUUCCACCUUCAGGGUGAUUGUGAUAUUGCUCAACUCAUUGUCUUUCACCUUUACUAUUUUUAUGUUGUUGUUUAUUUGCACAAUAAAACAGCUUCACGAGAGACAAGGUCACACGAUUCAAAUUGUACUCAUUUUAGAAUGCAUGUACUCAUUUUUCUUAAUUCUGUCGCAAUUUUAUUUUGAUGAAACGGACGUGUACGAAACAACAUUUUUGGUGAGCACAGAUGGUGCAGGUUGCCUUACUAUAGGGAUACUGAAUGUGUUCACAUCCUUUGCUUAUUUCACAAAUAUCAACCUCUACUCUUUGGAAUCGGUAGGGAUUUUGAGCUCUAGAUUCACAAAAAAUUACAAAAUAAGACAUUUGGCUGUUGUGUCAGGUUCUACAUUUUUUGCAUUUUUGGCUCUGUUGUCGAAAGCCAUAGGAUUCAACAAAAUCGGUAUGUGUUCCCUGCUCCCUGGGAAUUUAUUUACAGUAUUCUUGUUGAUACUUACAUCUGUCACCUUCAUCAUAAUAGUUUGGACUUGUACAUAAAUUCAUCGAUUACGAAAAGUGUUGGGCAAAGACUUGACUUCGCACAUCCAGGAAAAAAAGUACAACGUGAAUUUGAUCUACAUCAUAACUUUCCUGAUCAUUAGAAUACUACCGGUAUUGGUCUUGACCAUCAUAUCCUUGGCAGACAGCGACACGCAAACGUACACCGCAGCGUUCUAUGUAUUGGCAAUCCCGAUGUCAUUAGGAGGAGUGUGUCUGAGUUUGAUCAGAUCUCAAGAACCAACGAUUCAAGAUUAUUUGAACAGGAGAAUGCAAAGAUAAAAAUCCGGAAUUGUGGAACUUUCGUUGCCCAAAGUGGAAGUCAGAGCCUUGAGCGAUACCAUUUCGAAUUUGAGCACGGAAUCGCAAAUAAUCAAAACUCACUAUUUCUCGUACCUUCAGGGAACAACAAGGGACAACAGUGUGGCCUAUCGGAAGACUUGUCUGGACAAUGAAGAAUUGGUUGCAAAGCUGACAUCUCAGAUGGAAAAUAAUCAGACAAAGUUGAAAUUGAGUGAAUUCUUGCUCGUAUUCAAAAUAAUCCGAGAAAUGAACGUCGAUGUGGUCGUACCUUCAAUCACCUCCAUCCUCACUCAUUAUCACAUGAAGCACAUGCGACAGAGGAUCUUGUACUUCGAUAGUGAUGCUUCCCUCAAUGCAUCCGAGAUCGUGUGCACCAGCUACUCGGAAUCUGUUUUCUUAUAAAUAUAAUCAAUCGAUUCAUUUAUGACAUCAUUUGAUGAACAAUCAAAUAAAGUUUUUGUAGAGUCAUUACACAAUUCAAGAUUGAAAUUAUAAACAAACAUCCUAACCACAUACGAUGGAGAAGUACUUAUCUCCAUUAUUAAUAAUUAAGCCAAGAGAUAUUUAACAAGGCAUCUGCUCUCAGCUAUUUACAAUCUGAGCACCUAAGCCUCAAGAUCCUUCAUCCCUCCCAUGAUAGGACUCUACUCUAUUGUAAACGAGAGUAAUCAAUACUCAAUCCUCAUCCAGAGAAAUCUGCUCAACGCCAUCAUGCUAGAACAACAGGGCUUCAAAAUCUAAGGCUUCUUCACCUAUCAGCUCGGCCAAGUCGAUGAGGAAAUCAAAGGAGGCAACGACAUCUACGCCAAAAUCAAGAUGAACCCCAAAGUCAAACAGGAAUUCCUCAACACUCUCAACCAAGACCUCGCAAUCCUCAGAGACCAGUUCCUCUGGGGCUACUCCUUCAACGUCAUCUACUUGGAAGGCGAAGAGAAAACCAACAUUCUCCCAAACAUGUACAAGACUCGCAACGGCUACGCAAUCGCCAGUUUGGGAGGAGUCCUGGAUCAGUUCUGGAUCUCCCACAAUGAGUCCUCUGCCCAUCCAGAACUCUACGCAUCUUAAUUAGCUUAACAAAUUGAUUUAUUAUUAUGA